GAAAACUGUUUAUGAACUGGCACCUCUCCUUGGAAAUGUAAAGCGAGAACUCUUUUUAAGUGCCGAUUUUUUUUUUUAGGGGGGGCUGAAGAAGAAGGAGGGGGGAAAGAAGAAAAAGGAGAAGAGCGAGAGAGAAAGACAGAGCGAGAGAGAGAAAGAGAGAAAGGAAUAAUAAUAAUAAUAAUAAUAACAAUCACAACAACAGCAACAGCAACAACAACAACAGCAACAACAACAAUAAAAAAGGGGAAUCCGAUACCAUGUACUGUGGCAAAGAGUUUUGAUUCAAUCCUCGGGAUUUUUCCCCCCCUUCCUUCUUUCUUUUAAUCUAUGUAUAUCUGUAUGUAUCCCUGGAAACCACAAAGACUCGUGGGUUAGCAUCUCAUCGCUUCCAUCUGAUUCCGUGGCUAAAUAUCCUGUGGCUUUUUGAUAGACCCUCACCUUGUUACCUGCCUCUUUACCUAUUUAAAACAAGCUAUUUAUAUGACAAUGAGCUCCUAUUUCGUCAACUCCCUCUUCUCCAAGUACAAAACCGGGGACUCCUUGCGCCCCAACUUCUACGACUGUGGCUUCGCCCAGGAGCUCGGAGGGAGACCGACGGUAGUGUACGGGCCGAGCACCGGGGGCACCUUCCAGCACCCCACCCAGAUCCAGGAGUUCUACCACGGAGCAUCGUCUCUCUCCAGCUCCCCUUACCAACAGAAUCCCUGCGCCGUAGCGUGCCACGGGGACCCCAGCAACUUCUACGGCUAUGACCCGUUGCAGAGACAAAGCAUCUUCAGCGCCCAGGAGUCCGACCUGGUGCAGUAUCCCGACUGCAAGCUCGCCUCCGCCGGCCUGGGAGAAGAGGCGGACAACUCGGAGCAGAGCCCGUCUCCCACGCAGCUCUUCCCGUGGAUGAGACCGCAAGGUGAGGAGGCAUCCUAGAAAGGGCCCGCCGCCGCCCAGCCACGGCCGAGGCAUUUUCUGAACCCAUAAAACUAGUUAGCCCUCCUUUUUUGCCCACCUCUUCCACGAUCUUCCUCCCUCUCCAACUCCCCUCCCCUCGCCCCCAACCCUCGGUUACUUUUUACUGUUUUAUGAGCGUAAACUUUUGCACCUCUCAAUUGCUUUAUCGCUUAAUUACCCUGAAAGGGGAGCCUUUUUCUCCUGAAUGGGGAGAACUGGACUUCUCUCCCCCCCUCCCCUCUUUAUUUCAGUGUGUGAGAAGGCUUCCCUAAAGUUUAUGGUACUUUUACAACCUCCGAGACCCCCUUUUUGUGUCUCUCCUUCACCUCCUCCCUCCUUCCUUUCCUCCCUCCCUCCCGGGCCCUUAGUUGUUAUCUUUUAACCCUCUGGAGAGCUGGUGGGGUGUAGGAGACGGUGGUGGCAUUUCCACACACACACACACACACACACACACCUCACCCUCUGUAUAAAGGAACUGGCAAAAGAGGGUUCUUGCAAGUAAACUAAGAUGCUGCUCAGGGGCGCGCGGGUGGGGGGGCUGUUCGCCAGAAAAUGACCCGGUUAGGGGGAGAGAGGAGGGAGUGUUGGGAGCAAUAUUUCCUUUCAAGAAAGUAGGCUGGUAUUGCAGGGGGGGCGGCUAGAGCGCAUUUGUGGUCCUCGAUGUCUCCCUCCACCCUUCCCCGGAUAAUCACCCUCCCCCUUGCAACGUUAGAGAAGGGCAGUUCCUCCCUGCCUUUGUGUGUGUGUGUGUGUGUGUGUGUGUGUGUGUGUGUGUGUGUGUGUGUGUAUGCAUCCCUCCUCUCUCCUGCUCUCUCUGCCCCCAAAGCAGUUUUAUGUGUCUUCUCUCAACCUCCCUUUUUCCCCUCUCUCUCUCCUUCUCUCUCUGUGUCUCUCUCCCCCUCCCACCUCCCUCUCGCAACACCCCAGCAGCCGCCGGACGGAGGAGAGGCAGGCAGACGUACAGCCGCUACCAGACCCUGGAGCUGGAGAAGGAAUUCCUUUUUAAUCCUUACCUGACCCGCAAGCGGAGGAUCGAGGUGUCGCACGCUCUGGGACUAACCGAGAGGCAGGUGAAGAUCUGGUUUCAGAACAGGAGGAUGAAGUGGAAAAAGGAGAACAACAAGGAUAAGUUCCCCAGCAGCAAAUGCGAACAGGAGGAGCUGGAGAAACAGAAAAUGGAACGGGCGCAGGACGCGGAGGAGGCCGGAGAAGCACAGACGGGGGACAAGAAGUAGGAGCUGGAAGAGUGGACAGGCAAGCCCCAGGAAAAAAGGAGAAAGAAAUAAAGAAAAAGCCCCAACCUUUCGUCCUUCCAUUAAUGCCAGUUAAUGUGAGAGGUGGUUGGGGUGGGCUGGGGUGGGCUAGGGUGGGGGGAAUCUCAACACUGCUUAGGGGAGGAGGGGGGAAAACUCCCCUUUUAUUGCUGUAAAACAAUAUAGCUGUGAGCGUCCUCUUCUCCUGGUUGUCCUUUGAUACCCACAAUGAACUAUAUCUAUAUUUAAAAAAAGAAAAAAGAAAAAGAAGACAGAUUCUUGGAGUCUUUUUAGCCUUGUUGCUCUUUUUUGCGUUUUCUUGCCAGUUAAGAAUUAGUAAUAGUGUAAUGCAAUAGCUUCUGUUAACCAUGACUGUGAAAAGGAUUUCCUUCCCUUCACCCCCGUCUCUCUCUCUCCCUCUCUCUCUCUGCCCGCCUCCCCAUCCUUCCUUCGCUCCCUCAUUAGGAGACACACACUUCUCAGUGCUGUGGAAACGAUGUACAAAUGAUAUACUGCACUUUGGGAAGACUUACUUUCUUCUCUGCCUUUCUUUUUUUUUUUAACUUUCCCCUCUCUUUCGCUCCGUCCUGCCCACUCAUAUUAUAUAUAUAUAAAUAUAAAUAUAUAUAGAAAUUAUGUGAAAAUGAUACAUAGUGCACUUUUAAAUCAACAUCUCUCAUCUCUUCUCCCCCCUCCUCCCUCCUCCCUCCCUCUCUCUCUCCUCUCUUGUUGUGGUUAAACUCUUCAGGAGGUAGCUCUGAAAACACACACCCGACAACAUGAAACUGCCUAUUUAUGCUGUAGUCGUCUCUUUUUUUCCUGUGGUUCAUUUCCCCCCUUCCUAUUUUUGGGUCCCGUUUUUGGCUUUGUUUCUGCGUUUGUCUUUUUAAGUGUAUCUUUUAAAAAAAAGGAGGAAAAAUUAAAUAAAAAUUAAAUAGAGAGGUCCCCCGUCCCCUUUUCCUUUUAGUUAGCAUGCACACAGUGGAAGAAGUUGUAAAAAAAAAAAAAGUAUUUCCCCUCUCCCUGGGUUUUUUUUGGGUUUCUUUCUUCCCCCUUAGGUUUACUGUGGAAAAACAAAAAGAGAAUGUAUACUGUAUCCGUGAAUUACUUUAUGGGGAGGGCGGGGAUACUAAUGCUAUAUUUUGUUGUUCUCUCUUCACUUUGUUCUAUUGUCGAAGCUGGAAGCGGCGGAAGAAAGGAGUUACAAUAAAGUUUACAAG